CUUCCAGUGGCGACGCUCUUCUGGAUGCACAAACACGGCCUGGAGAGGCUGGCGCUGUUCGUUAGAAACUCGGGCUAUUCUGAGGCGCAUCUGAAAAGACUCAUAUCGCUGAUCAAGAUGAUCCGCACGAGUCUGCGGACGGUGUUGACAGAUCAGGUUAAAGAGAUCAUCGUUGCCGUGCCGCUGCAAAGGAGAGUUCCAGUCACAGAGCUGCUACAAUACGCUGAUACCAUCAUCUACAUCGCACACCAUUCCGUUCCGAGCGAGAGUUGCGCGGUCGUUUUCCCAUCUACCUUCGGAGCUAAUUACAGCUUCUCCGAUAUGGAACGGGCUGACCUGCUGCCCUCUGGUGACAAGGGCGCCGUCAGAACGAAGCGCUUCUGCGUCUCCGUCAGCAUGGCCGUGCUUCGCUUCCUGCUCAGCGAGCCCAUCUCCAGCGUGGCUAACAGCACGUGCUUUGGCGAGAGCUGGGUCUCCUACGACCAGACCUGCCUUGAAGGGGAAGCGACAGCGACGUACGACGCAGAAUCUAUGGCCGUUCUAAAGCAAGGCGACGGCUACGCUUUUACAUUUGAAAGCGAAGAGUCCCUCCACCUUAAGGCCCGGCGUAUCGUGGACCUACUCGGUGCCAAAGCCUGCGUGGCUGCGUUCCACGUCGAGUACGAUGCAGGUCGCAACGCUUGUGCUGCCCUGAGGCACUCCGACUCCCGACUUGUCGAGCUGGCUUCGGCAUUACACGAUAAAGAACACAGGGUCACUACUGCAAAGCUGUCACCGGAAGGUUCGACACAUCCGCACCGCGAAGGACGCAUGGGCCAGGAUACGCUGCAUGGCGGAUUUUUGAUCUGCAUCUUGUCUGAGAAGCCUCCGAGUCCUAUUCAACUUCCGCAACGAGCUUGCAGCCUCACGGUAUACCAGCACGUCUUUUACGACAGGACCACUGACCGCGUCAUGCCCAGGGAUGUCACCUCGUUUCGCGACUUCGUGGAGCUGAGCAAGCGCGACCUGAGUUCUCGUCUGGUGGGCGCGUUCGACGACUUGGGCUUCACGGUUCCCUGGGCGAGCGACCACCUCUACCCGGGCCGCUUCGCUCGCUCGGCGGCUUCGUGGUGUCGUGACUACGCGCUACACGGCGUCGCUUUCCUGCCACUCAACUUCAGCGCCCUUCAACGCGCCGAGGCGUCCAUCCGGGCACUGAACAAUAUGAGCACUGUGAGACCGCUGGUGGUCUUGGGAAUGCCUCGCACCGACGACCAACUCAUCUUAAAUCGGCUUGCGCCGCACGUGGACGUAAUCGUGUUCCUUACCCACCACAUCGGUCCUUCCAAGCCGUGCCGAGUCACCUUUCCAUCAAGCCGCAUGAUGACGAUCGACAGUUCCGUCUUCUUGAGGCAGACAGCGGAGCUGACCAACCAGCUGGCGCGGAUUCACCGCAACCUAGCCGGCGUGUGCGUGGCGGCUAACCUGGCGGUGCUCAAGUUCUCGCUCCCUCCAAGGCAAUCGGACCUGGACGACAGCUGCGUCGAUGAGGAGCAAGUCAACUACGCGCAGGUGUGCACUUGGGAGGGCAACGUCGAGUACGAUACUGUGUCGUCCGCGGUGCUUUCGAGGAAACACAGCGACAUGCUGACCUACGAGAACGAGUACAGCCUGGAGACAAAGGCCCGGUCCUACCUAUCUUACACACCGCUAGGCUGCGUGGCAGCCUUCAACGCUGACUACGAGGACCCGCGAGGAACAUGCCGGCAGCCGUUCUCACGCUUGGCAGCGCUUGACAACGUGCUCGGCAAACGGAAUCGUUCGCGACCAGCAGAACCUGGAACGUCGCACCGAGGGACACUCGUUUGCGUCCCUUCGCCGACUCACCGCGCCAGCGUCGACUUCCCGUUCUCCCAGUGCGACAUCUUCGUGGACGGUGAAGUGGAGUACCUCUACAACAACGUCAUCAAGACCAGCAGCUACAAAGCGAACCUACAGGGUCGGCUGCUGGAUGCCAAGCUCAACUGGACGUGCUUUGUGGUAUCCCUCGAUGCUAGCAAAGUACUGGACAAUCUCGCGGACAGCCCAGCGGCGCGGGAGAAAAUAAUUUCGUUCAUCACAAACUGGCUCUCCCGUGAAGGCCUUUGUGGACUGGCGGUGAAAGAAACGGCGAGGACGCAGCCCGUCAAGGGUCUGGCCAAGUUUCUUCAAGAGCUCUCCGAUGAGUUUAGCGAACGAAACCCCAAACCGAUCCUCAUUUUGCUCGUCUCCGCGUUUGAGCAUGAGAGCAGGCUCAAGGAACUUGGAAAAUACCCCGACUUUCUAGUCCUCACGAACGAAGUGCCGAAUGAGUCCAAAGACUGCAAGCUUCACGGCACAAUGACCGCGACAACGGACGUGGAGCUGAAGCUCUCGAUGAGCCGCCUGUUGGAGCUCUCCGAAACCCUGGGCUCCAGGGGCGGCGUGUGCUUCUCGACAACGCUGGCCGUGUACCGGUACCGGCUGCACCAGGGACUGCACGGUGCCGGAGAGAGCUGCCGGCGCAUGGCCGAGACCACCUUCGGCGAGGCUUGUCCUCCAGAAGAAUCUGCUCGCUUGGUCGAGGUUUCCUCUAUGACCUCCUACACAUACAACAAGUCCCACAUGCUCGCAUUUGAAGAUGAACGGAGCCUCCGCAUCAAGAUGGACACGUUCCUGAGCCGCUACCAGCGUGGCUGCGUGGUGGUGUUCGGCGCUGACAUGGACACUGCAGCGAGCAAUUGCACCGGCGCUCAGCACUUCGCGCGCCUCAAGACGCUUCGCUCCCUCCUGGAAAGGGCAGCAAUGCUCUCUUAGUUUCAGUCGUAACUGAUAAAACAGAGAACGCAGCGUUCAAAAAAUGUAAAUAAUAAAAAAGGCACUGCUUUGCAGAA